UUUAGUUUGUUUUGCGGACUCUUAGAAACGGUCAUGCCAAUUGCCUUUGCAAUAAUUUUUGUUUUAGUUUUACCUGUAAAACUAGACAAAAAUGUGGAAAAUAAAAAAAAAUUUGAUUAUAAUAGGGAAUACUAUACUACUUCAGUUUUAGGAUUAAUAAAACUUUUUGAACUAGAGCGAGAGUUUAUGGAAAACUUUACCCUGUAUGCUGAUGACCUGCAGGAAAAGGCGAAUAACCUGAAUAGUUUCCUUGAUGCCUUAAAGCGUCCCAGAUAUACGACUUAUAUGGAGAGGGAGACUUUUGUACCUAAUCCCCUAAAUGCAUUUGGACUAAUUAGACGUCUCAACCAAGACUGGCCAAAGUUGCAGAAUUAUAGCAAGAAAGCAGUGGGCUUAGUACACUUGGAUGCAAUGAAAGAGAUCCUGACCAGAGCUCCAGAUGACCACGACAUGAACGAAACUUUACAGCGAAUGCAUCGUAUUGAGACAACCUAUGAUCUUCAUGCCAAAGAUAUUGCCAAUGGACUGCUACAAAGCAAGCAAUUCAACUAUAAUUUAACUUCGAGGGAAUGCUUGGUAAUAGCUCAACAUAAAUUUGGUUUUGGAGAUUAUCACCGAUCUUUAAGAUGGUUUAAGGCAGCUUUAGAGCACAAUAUUGUUGGGAAUAAAGUGAAUGAAGAGAAUUCCUUUAAAGCCUUUGUAACAGCGGUAGUAAAACGCAAUAUUUCCCUAUCGAAUCAAUCAUUGGACAAUGAAGAUCUCCAGCAAUUAGUGAAUAAAAAAAUCCAGACACCUAAAGAUAUGGAAGAAUUUAUCAGUUCCAAGCUAACACUAUGGGAUAUGGAAAAUACCAAUUCUACGGAUCGCACAAAAACACCACUAACUGCCCAUAAAAUCGGAUGCCGUGGACUCUAUCCCAAACGGACCCAUGGCCUAGUCUGCCGCUACAACUCCACUACGACGCCUUUUUUAAGGCUGGCCCCCCUAAAAAUGGAGGAAAUAAGCCUUGAUCCAUAUAUGGUAAUGUACCAUGAAGUUAUCUCAAACAAGGAAAUCGAGGAUUUAAAAGGAGAGAUUAAACAAAAAAUGGAUAAUGGAUGGGCGGAUUUGGCGGAAGUCGUAAGUCGCAUUUACUGGAUAAAAAAUGAGUCAAUCAUCAGGGAGCGAAUCAAUCACCGAAUAACCGACAUGACUGGCUUCGAUAUACAGGAGUUUCCAGCUCUUCAGUUGGCAAAUUUCGGUGUGGGCGGUUACUUUAGGCCUCAUCAUGACUAUUUCUCUGAAAGGACCUCAAUACUGGAGCCACCUAAUCCUCUGGGUGAUCGAAUUGGAACCGUUAUCAUUUAUGCUGGUGAUGUUUCUCAAGGCGGACAAACAUUAUUUCCCGAAAUAGAGGUGGCUGUGGAUCCCAAGAAAGGCAAUGCCUUAUUUUGGUUCAAUACAUUCGAUGACGCUACCCAAGAUCCGCGAUCCUUGCACUCGGUGUGUCCAGUCAUUGUUGGUUCAAGAUGGACGGUGACUAAGUGGCUGCACUACGCCCCCCAGCUAUUUACAAAGCGUUGCUAUCCAAAAGUUAAAAAUAUAUCAAUAUAUCCCUAAACACUUGACGUGUUUCCUUAUCUUUAAAUAAAGUUUAAAAAUGCAUUAUGAACGCUACAACCCUAA